GAUUCCGCGCACCCCAUUGCGCUCCCUCCAACCGCCCAAGGGCGCCUCCAUUCCCACCUCCCCAGCCUCCAGCGCUCAACUGAAUCCGCAGGACCUCGCCGCUGGCUCUUGGAGAUGACGACCCCCGUUGGGCACCACGCCUCACGCCCCGAGGCCGCUGUUGCUCUGACGCUCCUGCUCGGCUGGGUCCUUGCCCAGGUGGCCGGCGCCGCAGGCGCUGCAGAUAUAGUGGUAGCAUAUAAUUUAACUUGGAAAUCAACUAAUUUCAAGACAAUUUUGGAGUGGGAACCGAAACCUAUCAAUCAUAUCUACAGUGUUCAGAUAAGCCCUAGGUUAGGAGAUUGGAAAAACAAAUGCUUCCAUACGACAGCCACCGAGUGUGACGUCACCGAUGAGAUUGUGAAGAAUGUGAAUCAGACGUACACGGCACGAGUUCUUUCCUACCCGGCAGGGUAUGGACAUACCUCCAGUUCUGACGUGGAACCUCCUUUUACAAACUCCCCAGAGUUGACCCCUUACUUAGACACAAAUCUUGGACAGCCAACAAUUCAGAGUUUUGAACAAGUUGGGACAAAGCUGAAUGUGACAGUACAAGAUGCACGUACCUUAGUAAGAAUGAACGGUGCAUUCCUGAGCCUCCGGGAUGUUUUUGGCGAGGACUUAACUUAUACUCUUUAUUAUUGGAAAGCUUCAAGUACAGGAAAGAAAACAGCCAAGACAAACACGAAUGAGUUUUUGAUUGAUGUGGAUGAAGGAGAAAACUACUGUUUCACUGUUCAGGCUGUGAUUUCAUCCCGAAGAACAAACCAGAAGAGUCCAGAAAGCCCCGCCGAGUGCUCCAGCCAAGGAAGGGGCAUUUUCAGAGAAUUGUUCUUCAUCAUUGGAACGGUGGUAUCGAUGGUCAUCCUCUUGAUCAUUGUCGUAUUGGUGUCGUGUCUGUACAAGUGCAGGAAGGCGCGAGUGCGUCGAACUGGGAAGGAGAGCACCCCCCUUAACGUCCCAUAAAGGAAGCACUGUUGGAGCUGCCAGCUACUGCAGAUUUUGCGUUGCACUGUGACCAAGAACUUCUUAAGAGAACAGACUAUACAGAAACACAGAUCAGUACUCCAGAGCAUGGGGACUCUUUGGAUUCAAAGAAAGCUCUUUAUCUGACCUGUUAUCACAAUCAGCAUUCUGGUUUUUGACAUUGGCAUUAGUCACUUUGGAAUGUAAUGAAUGGUACUGCCAAUUCCAAGUUUUUUUGUUUUAGUUUUGUAACACUAUAGCACCUUUUGCACAUCUCAUGCUGUAGACUGUAUAUUCUGUACGCAAGGUGAAACCAGGUCUUCCAAGCGGAAAAAAAAAAAAGAACAAAUGC